AUGAGUACAAGAGAAGACUCCAUUCCGCAUGAACUGCGGACAGCAGCAGAACCACGACAGAAUAAAUUGUACCCCGUCCGGAUAUCACAGAUUGACCAGGUCAACCCCUCAAUCCGCCUGCUCCGGCUGGCGUUGCCGCCAGGAGGCGACCAAACAGAUGAAGGAGAAAUCAAGCUGAUUUCUCGCGGUUAUCUCGACCAGGCGGACCCCAAUCCGGAGCAAUUUACUUUUCUCCCAGGCCAAUGGCUGGAUGUUUUCAUUCCGUCAAUAUCCCAUGCGGGUGGUUUCACCAUAACCUCCACUCCAGCAGAUGCCCAUCUCCUUCCAUCGCCAGAGCCUCCAACGGAGUCCUUGUCCAUCGAGGAGGAAGAUCUACCUCCUGUGCGGUCAACGGGCAGAACACCCUAUGUCGAACUAGCAGUGCAAAACGCGCCAUCUAAUCCUGCAGCUGCAUGGCUGUGGAGACCCAAAGAAGAGAUCCUCGGCAAAGAACUAAAUGUUCGCGUGGGAGGCAGCUUCAUAUGGCCGCCAGCUGGGUUUAACACGAAGGAUAUCAGAAAUGUCGUCUUCAUCGCUGGCGGAGUGGGUAUAAACCCUCUCAUAUCCAUAUUAUCCCAUCUAAAAAAUGACGACACGGCCACUCUCUCUCCUGGAACAGAAGUCCAUUUCCUAUAUUCGACCCGGCUUCCUCCCAGCAAGUCCGUCAGCAACUUCCAAGCGGCACUAGAUCAGAUUCUCUUCUUGUCUCGUAUACGGGAGAUUAUCCACUCGCAUGCUCCGUCUCGACGUCUCCGUAUCUCUUUGGACUUGUUUCUCACAAAUCUGAAUGAAUAUCCCGAUUUAAAGAUAUCUACACCUCAAGAUAUGAAGAUCCAUGAUCGUCGUAUCACUGCUGAGGACUUGAAGACCGCCGUCACUGGAUCUAGCGGAGAUGAGACCGGCACCGGGACGGUCUGCUACAUCUGCGGACCGCCGCCGAUGACGGAUGAGUUGGCGGACAAGCUCAAAGGCAUGGUAGGGAGCGAGCGGGUGUCUUAUGAAAAGUGGUGGUGA